AUGUCGGGCGUUCUCGAACAACCAAGAUCAGAAGAGACAGCAGAGACAGCAGACGAAUCAGCGAGACAGAAGCCAAAAACACAGGAUGCCACGACCCAACAGACGUCCACUGCCCCUAAGGGAUUCGCGGUAUCAACGACUCGGCAUCAGGAGAAUACCUAUCUUAAAGGAUGGAGAUUGUACCUGACCACUCUUGGUUUGAAUAUUUGCAUCUACCUUGUGAAUGUCGAAGUCACCAUCGUCAGUACCUCUCUCAUCACCAUCGCCAAUGGCUUCCGGAGCUUCAAUCGGACCAGCUGGGUGGUUACGGGAUACUUGAUUACCUAUACCGGGUUCAUCAUCCUCUGGAGUAAGCUUAGCGAUAUCAUCGGACGCAAGCGAAGUAUUAUCGCAACUAUGAUCAUGUUUAUCGCUUUUUCAGGAGGAUGCGGAGCAUCGCAGAACAUGGACCAAUUGAUCAUCCUCCGCGCCUUUCAAGGUAUCGGUUCAGCAGGCGCAUAUUCAAUAUCCAUUCUUAUCUGCUACGAGAUUGUGCCGAAACCAGCCUUAGCCACUAUGGGUGCUUUCGCAGCCUCGUCUACUGCGCUAGGGUUCUCUACUGGUCCAUUGAUUGGAGGUGUGUUGGCGCAACAUUCGAUCUGGAGGUGGAUCUUUUACAUGAAUCUUCCAAUUGGAGGUCUGGCAAUCGGUCUCUUGCUCCUAGCACUUCCUGCCAAAGUCGGUCGACGCAGUCCUCCUCACCGACUCGGUUGGUUCUCGCACCUCCGUCGCAUUGAUAUUGUUGGUGCAAUCAUUCUGCUGACGGCUACACUUCCACUCAUCACCGCGCUGAACGAGGUCUAUGUCCAGUUUAAAUGGCCAGAAGCUAGGACGAUUGUUCUGCUCGUGCUUUCAGGUGUUGCGUGGUUCGUAUUCUUUGCGUGGGAAAAUGCCGUGACGAGAGAGAAGAAUGUACCGGAGCCAAUUUUUCCUUCUAGAUUCUUCAAAAAUCCUAACUGGAUGGGCAUGCUUUUGGUCACUUUUUUCGUCGGCAUGCCCUCAAACAUGGUUGUAGUGAUGCUCCCCGAGCGUUUUCAGAUAGUCGGCGGAAUAUCAGCGCUGAAUGCAGGUGUUCGUUUACUUGCCUUCUCUGCAGUCAGUGCAAUUUCAGCUGGGAUUUCUGGUAUUGUCUCGAAGAAAUUCCGUGUUCCUUUCAUCUAUUUGCUUUUGUUCAGCUCGGUCCUUCAUACCGUCGGCGUAGCUAUGCUUGCAACCCUACCGGAGACAAAGGACUACCCUACUGUCGGAUAUGUGUAUGAGGCUCUUGCUGGAGCAGGUGUGGGAACCACAUUUGGUAUACUCAUCCUGGCUACACCAUUUGUAGUAGAACCACGAGACAUUGGUACGUUAGCAUCAACCCUCGUCCAUAUGACCGGACUGACCAAACCAGCUGUCGCAACAGGGGCAAUAAUCCAGUUCCGCUUCCUAGGAGGCGCUAUCGGUCUGGCAAUUGGAUCCAACGUCCUCAAUUGCAUGCUCGAAACCCGGCUCACAGGUAUUCUCCCACCAGAGCUACUGCAAGCUCUCUUGCACAACACAGCGAUUAUGGAAACACUACCAGAGACUCAACGUGAAAUAGUUCAAUCGGUAUUCGCGCAUGCUUAUACCGUCCAAUUUCGGAUUAUGAUUGGCAUUGCAGCUGCGCAGUUCCCCGCGUCGUUGCUUAUGUGGAGGAAGGGAGGACAGAUUACAGCUCUUGAAUGA